UUCAAAUAGGCUGAUUGUAAAGCAUUUCAACAUAUCCCAAAAGCCCAUUUUUCUGUACUUCAUUUCUACAUCCCAUUUCCAUCUUUGCAAGCUGAGAGAGCGUGCUGAAAAUGAGUUUUUCUGCGAUGGUUAAGUCUCUGCUGCUAGCAACUCUCUUGCUUGGUGCCAUUGCUCAAGCGAGGUGCUUCACUUUCAAUUUCCCAUCUUUCAAUGAAGACAAUGAAAAAGAUCUCAUCUUGGAAGAUUCAGUAAUAAGGUUCGGCGCCAUCCAAGUUACAGAUGACGCUACUGAUGAGUCGCUGCUGAAAAAUCUGUAUGGCCGGGCUUUGUACAAAAGUCCAUUCAGGUUCGGGAGCAAAAGCAAAGACAAGGCAUCUUUUAAUUCCACCUUUGUACUCAACAUCUCCAACAAGACAAAACAAGGUGGUGAAGGCUUGGCCUUUAUCUUAACUGAACGUUCUGAUCUUCCGCAAAAUAGCCACGGACAAUGGCUUGGGAUUGUGAAUGAGUCGACUAAUGGAUCGGCUACAGCCAAGAUUGUGGCGGUGGAAUUCGACACCAGGAAGAGUUACCCAGAAGAUUUGGAUGAUAACCAUGUCGGUCUGGACGUGAAUUCCAUAUAUUCAAUCACUCAACAGAGCCUGCAGAGCAUCAAGCUUGUAAGUGGUGAUGAUAUAACGGUGAAAGUUGAGUACGAUGGGGAACUUUUGAAAGUAUUUGUAGGAGAAAACGCGAGCACACUUGUAAUUUCAGAGACUAUUGAUCUCGUAACACAUCUACCUGAGAAGGUCUAUGUGGGGUUCUCAGCUUCAACUGGAAACGACACCGAACUAAACUGUGUAAAGUCAUGGGAAUUCAGUGGGUUGGAUCUAUAUAAAGAAGAUCCUAACCUGCUAUGGGUUUGGAUUAUUGUCCCUGCCGUGCUAGUUUUAUUUUUCGUGUUUGUUUUCUUGUAUUGGAAAUGGAAAUGGAAAUGCAAAGGUGAGGUUCCGGUGGAGGAGGUCGAAGAUGAUAGGGAGGUAGAGAUACGUAUUCAAGGCUCAUCCACGGCUCCAAGGAAGUUUAGAUUGGAAGAACUCAAAGCUGCUACAGAAAACUUCAAGAACAAGCUUGGAGAAGGUGGAUUUGGGAAGGUGUACGAAGGAUUUUUGGAAAAUAAAGCAGCGGCGGUGAAAAGAUUUUCUAGGGAUGCACGUGAAGGCAAGCAAGAUUUUAUAGCAGAAGUCACAACAAUCGGCAAUCUCAAUCACAAGAAUCUUGUCAAAUUAUUGGGGUGGUGCAGCGAAAGAAAUGAACUGAUUCUGGUGUACGAGUUCAUGCCAAAUAAGAGCCUCGACAAGUUCAUAUUUUGCAAUCAAAAUCCGGGUCCUGAGACCGAUCAAAUUACCCUGAAUUGGGGAAAGAGGUAUCGGAUCAUUAAUGGGGUUGCUCAGGCGCUGGACUAUCUUCAUAAUGGAUGCGAGAAGAGGGUGCUUCAUCGGGACAUAAAAGCAAGCAACAUCAUGCUGGAUUCUGAGUUCAAUGCCCGGUUGGGGGAUUUUGGCCUGGCCCGGACCAUCCAUUGCAGCGAUCAAACUCAUCAUUCCACCAAAGCAGUUGCAGGAACACCUGGCUAUAUGGCUCCAGAAAGCAUCCUUACUUGGAGGGCAACUGUUGAAACCGAUAUCUACGCAUUUGGCGUCCUUGUACUGGAAGUUGUCUCUGGCAGAAGUCCCGGAGAUCAAAGCAAAAAGAAUAAGUACACCAGCCUGGUGGAUUGGGCAUGGGAGAACUACAGCAGAGAUAGGAUUCUUGAUGUGGUAGAUUUACAUUUGAAUGGGGAUUUCAACAAGGAGGAAGCUGAAUGUGUGUUGAUAUUGGCAUUGGCCUGCUGCCAUCCGAAUCCAUACCAGAGGCCAUCAACCAAGACUGCUUUGCGGGUUCUCACAGGAGAGGUAGCUCCACCACUUAUCCCCAAGGCCAAACCUUCUUUCAUGUGGCCAGCCAUGGAACCUCCAUCCUUCAAUGAGGAUUCGAAGGACUACACUUUUGGUGGAGACCAGCCUUCUCCAUUUGCAGAACCCAGUGGGAGAUAAGCCAGCCAUGCCCAAAAAACCAAGUCAGGUGAUGUCCAUCUUCUAUCAGUUUGUUUUCAUAGUUGAUGGUGGAUCUUCAGAUGCAGCAUUAGGUUCAUUGACGUGUUCAUAAAUGUUCUUUUAUUUUUUAUUUUUUUAGGGCAUGAAUACCCUCCAUUGUUUGUUAGAAUCUGUUGGCACUAUUUAUUUUUUAGUUGAUAGUACCAUAAUGAAUGUAUCCUGUAUUAGUUUUUUUUUUUUUUUUACCAAAGAAAUACAAUGUCAACAAACACAUGCUAAUGUAUUGAUUUCCCUGGA